AUGAGGACAAGAAGGGCCCGCGAGUCCCAGGAGCAAACUACAAUGCGACUGUCACAGGUCGCACAAUGCAGCGCCCUCAAGCAGACCUCACAGUCACAAGAAGAGCGUGCAACCUGCUUGGCUGGGAAAGCUGUCUACCAGGGCUUCGUUGCGAUAAAGGCUCAAGAUGCACAACGGUUGAGAGCAGCUGAAACAUUUGACCACAGGCGCGCCUGUCAAUCCAGGGACGCUGCUGCAACAGCUAGGUCGAGGGAGUCCGAGACAGAGAUGCAGCAGGCAACUCUCAAUGCCCGCAAGGCCGAUGCGACUUCUGCUGCCAGAAACUCCGAUGGCCCUCAGAGAAGGGUAAACAGACUUUCAAGGCCUGCUACAAACAUGGCCGCUGUGCGCUUAUCUCAGACUCCCCAAGCUCGCCGCAUACGCCUCAACGGCGACAUUCAUCACCUUGCGGCCGCCCGUGGUACUACCCAUCCCAGUAGCUCUUUUUUGUCUUUCUUGACUUUCAAUUACGACCCCUGCAUUAGCUUAACUACGCGUGACAAAAUCAAUGUAGGGUCCAUCACCUGCGUUUGCCAAUUCUGCAACGCCGGCAAAUGGGCCAGAAAGCCUUCCGGUCUGUGCUGCUCCUCCGGCAAAGUUCGACUGCCACCUCUGCAUGAACCACCUACUCCUUUGAGGGGAUUAAUAGCCGGCUCCCAUCCCGACUCCAACCACAUCCUUAAAACAAUUACGCAAUACAACUACUACUUUCAAAUGACUUCAUUUGGUGCUCAUGUGGAUCGAGAAACGGGUGGGAUGCCCACUUUCAAAGUACAGGAGCAGGUAUACCACCGCAUUGGUUCUCUGCUGGCUGAUGAGACCUCUACUCUUAAAUUCCUUCAACUGUACUUUAUUGCAGACUACAAACUACAGGCCGAAACACGGAUUGUUAUUUUGCUGCCGUCGGGAAGAGUUUCUCGCAGGGACGUCAUACUACUACUUCAGGCCAUGCUUCACGAGGUUAACAGCUACAUUCGCAAUUUCAAAUAUGCUUUCCUUCCUUUCUUCAGAAUUGUAAUUGACGUCGACAAACGGCCUCAUGAUGAAUAUGAACGCUGCUACAAUGCUCCUGCGUGCAAUGAAGUGGCCGCUAUUAUACAUGGGGAGCAAGACUGUACUCGUGAUAUUGUCCUCAAAUCAAGAGGCGGCGCUCUUCGCAGGAUUUCAGAGACCCAUCGAUCAUAUGACGCAUUGCAGUACCUUUUACUUUUCCCUUAUGGUGACGAUGGCUACCACUUCGGCAUUCCCCUUCAUACUUCGGGUGGCCAACCUACCACAUCUUCCAAAGCCUUAUCGUGCGAGGCCUUCUACUCAUACCGGUUCAUGUUUAGGGAUGGAGACUUCAACCUGCAUCAUAGAUUCAAGCAGUUUGCGGUUGACAUGUCCGCUAAGAUGGAAUCAUCAGAAACAGCUGCGCUCAGACUCCUAUUUUCGUAUGUUACAUUCCGAUAUAUUUCUAUCUAUCUAUCUAUCUAUCUAUCUAUCUAUCUAUCUAUCUAUCUAUCUAAAUCGAUAGAUGUAGAUAUUACAUAUUAUAAUGUCUGA